AACAUCCAGCCAUGCCGUUUAGCAGUUAGUCCCUGCACUUUACACAAAGCUACCGAAAUACAAACAAUACAAACUGUUCCCAAACAUUUAUGCUCUCAUGUGAAGUGUGAUUUAUCAAAUGUGACUUAAUUGAAAAGUGACAAUGGCAAGUGACAAUAGUUCGAUAAAAUCAUGGACAAGCAAAUCCAAAACCCCCAGUGAUGGAGGGAAGAAAGUGGGUUUUAGAAGGGCCAGGCCGACUUUGAUCAUUCCACCACCUCAACUUCGUACGACACCUUCGCCCUACACUGCAAAGGUGUCUUAUACUGCAGGGAGACCCACCUCUGACGUAUACGACCGAAAGGGUUCCGUGUUUGUGUUCGAUCAGAUCAAUGGCAUUAAAAAUUUCACUGUGAAUACGGACAAAUCAGGGACGGGCAUUGGAGAAAAAUGUUCCUACCGCGUGUACCAUAAAAUCAAAUCGUGGAGUAAGAAAUGGUUCACGCAUUUUUUUCUUACUAUAAUAAUGAUAAUUUAUACAGUGGGAGGAGCAGUUAUUUUUAUUACAAUUGAAGGUCAGAAUGAACUAAAAGUUAUUGAUACUAUUAACAAAGAAAUGGACCGACUUCUGGCUGAGUUGAGAGAGGACUCUAUAAGAAUUCCAAAUGAAGAAUCGGUACACAGGUGGGAGGGGAUAGCAGUACAGAAGCUUAAAGACUUUGAUAUUAUGCUGAUAGAGGCCUACAAUAAAGAUCCGCUUAUUGUGGGUAACACCGGAGACAAAAUAUGGUCUAUGUGGAAUGCAGUUGUAUACUGUGCAACGGUUUAUACUACCAUAGGUUAUGGUCAUCUGUAUCCAACCACCAUAACAGGAAGGGCACUAACCAUUGUUUACGCAAUUAUUGGAAUUCCUUUGUUUCUUAUUGCACUUACAGAUUUCGGCAAAUUGUUUACCAGGGCAAUAAAGUUUGUCUGGUCGUUUGUUAGAAGGCUAUAUUAUACUGGAAGUUGCAGAAAGGCUAGAAAAAAGGCUCAUGUUAAGGAUAUAUUCAAAGGUGCACAGUUAGUGUAUGAUAUAGCGACGUUCAGAAGACCAUCGGUGUUCAGCGACGAUUCAGAAAAUCCCCAACCUGCAGUCACCCCCAUAGGUUCUGUCGGCAUUUCCGCAAACGAAGAAACACCAACAACGCCCGCCUUAUCCAAUUAUGAAAUUAACGACGAAUUUAACUUGCCGAUAUCUCUCGCUUUGUUCAUCCUUAUCUCGUACAUAUUUAUCGGAGCCGUAGUAUAUUGGGCCUGGGAGGGAUGGGACUUUUUUGCAUCUUUUUAUUUUGUAUUUAUAUCUAUGUCAACAGUGGGUUUCGGUGACUUCGUUCCCAAGAAAGUCCUUUGCAUGUUGGUUUCUAUCUUUUACUUGGUUUUUGGACUAGCCCUUAUGUCAAUGUGUAUCAAUGUCGUGCAGGAGAAGUUGAGUGAUACUUUUAAACAGGCAUCUGCCAAGCUCAGAGCAACAAUCGGCAUUCAAGGGGAAGAUGACACGAGCAUUGUGGCCCCAGAGAUUGUUGAAAUGCCUGACAUACAUGAUCCAUCUGCAAUUAUAAUAAGUGAAAACAAUAAUGUUAGUGAAAAUUUGGCUCCCCUUGCUGAAAAGGAAAGCUAACUAUUGUGCUUCGCCAUUUACAUUUUUGAAUUUAUGUAUCUUGUAAUGCCAGCUGCGAUAUUAUGAUAUUAAUACUUAAACUGUGACAUUUUUUAUUGAACAAUGAUAGCUAAUUUAAUAUGUUUUAGCAGGUAGUUUAUUCUAAAAGUAGCAUUAAAUAUGUCCACUUCUUAUUCAUCCUACUGCUUUUAAUGUUUAAUUUGCAUUAGAACUUUAUUUUCUUAUAUUGUAAUUUUUCUUUGUUUUUUUUCAAUUUUCUAUUAUUUUAAGGAAAGUCGAAACAUUAUCCAACAUUUUAAACUGACCAACAGCAAAUAUUUCAAAAGAACAUUAAAGGACGUUUGUGAGUACCAACAAAAACUAGGGAUGUGACCUAUUUCGAUUAUAAGCAGUAUGCAGCGAUAUUAGAAUCAAAUUCAAUGUAUAGUUAUGGAUAAUGUAAUUAUAUGGUCGUUAUAAAUAAUUCGGCAUUAUAUGUAGUGUGAAAACCAUGAAGAGAGAAUCGCUAAAUAUCUGAUAUAGUUUAUUUAAUUUGCAUGCGCGGUUCCUUGCUACUCGAUCGGUGAUUGUAAAUCACAAAUGUUUAUAAAACAAAGUAUGAGUUCAUCGAUGGGUGGCAUAGGAGCGGGCAUUGACUAAUAAGCAGUGGUUGUAUUCAGGUCGAAAAUAUUAAAGUUCUUUCAAUCAGUUUUACCUAAAUCUUUAAUUUUAAAAGUAAACCAAAUAUUAGUUUUUAACAGUAGGUACAUAAUGACUAAAGACGAGUGAGGUGACAAAUAUAUAUAAAUUUAUCAUAUUUAAUAGCACAUUUUUCUCACAAAGUCAUACCCUUGGUGACGUAAAAAAAAUACGGAACACAUUUAUAAAUAUAUAAUAAUUAUAUAAAUAUCUGAGGAAUUAUAAUCAAUUUCUUUUUACUGCUUAUUAGCAGUAAAAAGCUUCGUCCACCAUGUAUUGUGUCCAAAAAAUAAGUGAUAAUCCCAUAAUAUUUAUUUUAUUUAGAAAUGCGAUCGAUUACAUUAUAUUAUAUUAAAAUGAUAUCGUUUAAAUGUCCUCCUCUAUAUUGUGUGAGUCUUACUGAAUGAAUUCUGGGGAUCUAAUUCUCGAUAGUUUGCUUACAUAUUUCACGUGGUAUAUUUUCUAUGGUGCGUUGAAUAUUCGUUUUAAACUCGAGAAUUGUUUGUGGCUUAUUUCUGUAAACCAAAAAUUUCACAUAACUUCAUAGGAAAAAGUCCAAGAGGGUCAGAUUACAUGAUCUUGAUUGACAGUUAACAUUAGCAUUUCUCAAACAAAAGAACGUCCAGAAAACUGUUGUUGCAAUUAAUCAAUUGUUUCACGAGAUGUGUACAAAAAGAUUUUUAAAAUUUUAUUUUUAAUUUUUAAGAAAAUUUAAUUAAAAAAGAGAAUUAUUUUUGUUUGAACCUCAUUUGUUUUUCUGCUGUUAUUUUCGAAAACUGCAAAAACAAAAAAGUUAAUAGGGGUGAAUUCUUAUUUAUGCCACCGAAACCGAUCUCCGUGCUUGACAUUCCUAUUUUGUGGUUGAAAUCGCGCCAUCAUAUAUGAUUCUUUGGUAGAAAUGCUGCUAAUAUUCGAAACAUAUGGGAAUAGACAACAAUUUUGUCUACUUAAUAUUACAUAACAUUUUAUUUAUUUGAAUAUAAGGACAUUAAUUUUAUAUGUAUUUGUCUAUCGCACUGUUCAAGGAAAAUGGGCUAAUAAGUAUAAUAAGUAUAGUGCUUAGACCGUGUGAUAAAUAUAAUAGGUAAUACUUAUUUACCAGUCCGCUCGCCUGCUCAUUAAUUUCUGUCAGAAAUCUGAAAUUAUAUUGCUGUUUACUCUGGGAUGUAGAUAUAGAUAUGAGACUGUUGUAGAUUGUGUGGUCGUAGAUACUUUGCUUUGAAUGCUACUGUUACUGUUAUUUAUUAUGAAGAACUAUAUUUUAUUAAUACUAGUUAAGUAAAUUUUUAUAUAUGGACACUAACGAAUUUAACAAAAUUAAAAAAAAUGUUCACAUCUCUUGAAGAAUGUAUGUGAUUAUUAUCUAGUCAAUAUUUUAACACUCACAAGCACUAGUUUGUUUAAUAUUUAUCUUUCUUGUUAUACUGAA